GCCUUAUCGGUGAAGUAGCAGCGAUAGCCUGGCCAAUCUAUGUCGUUAAUGAAGAUACAGCAGUAACCACUGCCAGAAGCAGACGACCACAUUCUUAACUCGAGCGUCGGCAGACGAGAAGAGUCUCCGUUCAGAAUAAGUCCAGGCAGCAAGGGGAGAAAGUCUUCACUGAAGAAAAUUGUGGAUUAUCUAACUUUGCUGCUGUCCUAUUUCAUAUUUAAGUUUAGUCUUAUUUAUUCAAUGCGCUGGGUGCCUCACAUAUUAAAGAAAUUUUAAAAUAAAAAAAAAGUGUGUUUCUUUAAAAAAAAAUAUAAUUUAAAUAAGUGUGAGAUUAAAUUCUUAGUCUGUAAGAAUUCUUACAGAUUGUGGAUUAUCUUUUAUGUUUAUCUUGGCUGACUACUUUAUUGUACAGACAUCACUGCUAGUAAUUGUUUUCAUUUCAUUGUGAGGUUUACCAUAUGGUCGAGUCUCAAUAAAACCUACUUGGAUGUAUACAACAAUGGCAAUUGAUCUGACGUCUGAGCAAGUGGCAGAGUUUAAAGAAGCCUUCAGCUUGUUUGACAAAGAUGGCGACGGCACCAUCACGACCAAAGAAUUGGGCAUUGUAAUGAGGUCACUAGGUCAGAACCCAACAGAGGCGGAGCUACAAGAUAUGAUCAACGAAAUAGACGCCGACGGAAACGGAACAAUAGAUUUCCCAGAAUUCCUCACCAUGAUGGCGAGAAAGAUCAAGGACACUGACUCAGAAGAGGAGCUCCGCGAAGCAUUCCGCGUGUUUGACAAAGACGGCAACGGGUUCAUCUCAGCGGCGGAGCUGCGGCACGUGAUGACGAACCUUGGAGAGAAACUGACGGACGAUGAGGUGGACGAGAUGAUCAGGGAGGCGGACAUGGACGGAGACGGACAGGUCAACUACGAAGAAUUCGUUCGAAUGAUGACGACCAAAUAAGAGAGAAAGAGAGAGGCUGUCAGGAUAGACCAUCACUGCUCUCCCCAUCUGUUUAUUGAUUUGCAUGUUGGGACAUGUGUGAACACAAGUAGUCGAGGGUGGCACGUCUGAGAGAACAAGGGAAAGUGUGACUGAGAUGUCAGUCUGAAGUUUUGAACUCUGGAAAUGUAAAUCUUACCGAGACCAGUCGUGACAGAGGGUCUCAACACUAAUCUGCAACACCGCAAUCCGUGGGAAGUUUAGACCAAUAGUUUGUUGCCACGUCACAAGUCGUGACGUCAGACCUGUGGCGUGUCAAAGAGCUAUUGAUUCUAAACUGCCCACAGAUUGCGACGUCACAGGUCAGUGUUGAGGCCCUCUACAUCAACUGGUCUCGAUCUUACACAAUUGUAUUUUGUAAAUAUUUGGUACUCCUUGGCACUUCCAAUAUCACCUUUACCCCCCCCCCCGAUCAAUUUAUCCUUGGGGGAUGCUAGGAACUAUUUUAGCCCCUGGAGUUUUUCCCCCUUGCCUACUGCUAGAUUGCUUUCCUACCUUCCCUGCCCCUCCGCGUAGACGCCUUUCGUUUUAUUAUUUCUUUAUACUUCGAAAAAAUACGAUUUUUAGCAUGCUUGCUUUGAACUUGGCCUCUCUCUAAUCGUUACAUGUUUGAAUAUUUGAUGCUCAUAGACUUAAUGUUGAACCACGCUGGUCUAUGUAGCCUCCCUUCUGUUGUGUGCAUAUGUCUACUUCAUAUUAAUUUAUUAUCGUAUUUUUUUAAACUGGUUUGGCACCAAAAGAAUAAUUUUACUACGGACGAUAAUUCAAUUCAAAAUUAGCUUGAGUUAUAAAUGGAAAUGAAAAAAUCUCAUUGCCACCAAUCACAAGCCAUCUCGUGAGUUUUGCAUACUUAGAAAAUUAUGUUCGUAAAAUAAUGGCUUGACUUUGUGGACGUCCAGUUUGUACAGAUUUGUAUUUCUGAACUCUCAGUGCCUAUAGCAAAUAAUUUGCUGUUGCAUUGGGGAAAAUCGUAAAGUUCCCUUUACAUCAAUCCAAAAUCUAAUGUUACAUUUUGGCUUUAAGUACAAUUUACAUUUAAAGUAUUAUCCUAAAGACGCCAAGCGUCUAUGAGUAUAAACCCUCCGAGUAUAAGAUAAGAAGAUAAGAUAAUAUUGUCUCAUGUAACAUCGUCAUUGUUGGCUGUAAUAGUAUUUUUAUUACUGGAUGGAAAGUUGUCCCCCUUUUUUAUUUCCUACAAAUUGUACAAAACCCGUAGUGUUACCUAGUAAAUAUAUCUAUAGGCGUAGUGAGGGAUGCACUAUGUCAGGGGCGACACCCUCAGGGGGGCGCCACACGCAGCCUAUAUUUCUUUGUGAUGUUCAUGGAAAAUGUGGAGGGUGGGCGCCAGUAAGGUACCUUGCCCCGGGCACGUUUUUCUCACUACGCCCCUGUAACUUGUAUAUCAUUGCCAAGACGAUGGUAAUUUUGGACUAUGGACUUUCUGGUCCAUUCUUUUGGUCAGUUUCAAUACAGUUCAGGUGUUGAUCAUCUGCAACUUGACUGAUAUAACGACAUGAUUAUAUAUUAAACGUAUAUACAGAUGUAUAUUUUUUUGUCUUGUUAGAAUAAAAAAAAAAGCCUUAUAUAUGUUUUCACAACGUGAACAUUGUUUCACUUUGAAAGUGUUCCUUAUUGUCCGUGAGAUGCCUGGAUCUUUAAAAAUGUCAAUGUUCUUAAAUGCUCAUGUUUUUAAAAUGUCAUACUAUUAAACUGGCAAGAUAUCUCAAUAAUAAUUAUUAUUUUGGAUAUUUAAAUAUUUUUUCUUAACAAAUUUGAAAUAGCCUGAAUACGGGAUGAUUGUGGGAUGUGUGGCCGAGAGACUAAUUACGCUUGGGCUUGGCUUGGCUAUCUAUCAAGGGAGGCUCGAAGUUCGACAUCUAACUCGAACAGAGUUGUGUUUGCUGAGCUCCUAAUGGCCGCACGGAAAGCCUUCUCCCAAAUACCCCCUCUCCCCAAUGGUGCACAAAUGAGAUAGGACCAUAUCGCUCUGAGCAUGGUAUAAGUCUGAAAAUUGCGCUAUAUAAGAGCAAUAAAAAAAAUAUAUAAAAAUCGCAUAUUAUUAUUAAUAUCUAAGUUAUGCUUGGCUUAACUAAGAGUCUACGUGGCAAACUAUCCUUGAACAUUGAAUGCUUGAAUCUAUAAAUGUUAUUUCGGAAUAGGACUUAAUAUUUCGUUAUACACUAAUUUUUUAAAGAUAGCUAUAAAUAGCUAUUGUUGGAAAGUAGGCUUAUUGAGGCUCUUUAUGGGGACUCGUUAAAAUGAGGUUUUCUUAGGGAAUUGUUGAUAUAAAAUUCUCUUUGAAGAUGGUGAUCUCAGGAUCUCUCUUUACAUUUUACCUGUUUGUAUAUCAUAAAAUAUUUCUUUUUCUACACCAUGUUUAAAAACAUGAUUAUAAACUUGAAUAUACAAGUGAAUCUAAACUGCAUUAUUGUAUACAUCGCAGACAAGGCUCAUGCUAACUUCGUAACAUCUGUAAAACAGGUAAAUCUAACAGUAAAGUAUUUUUUUGUGUGCUGCAUGGAGCAGAUUUCUUCCAGAAUUGGGUUAGGCCUAUUUGGUCAAACAAAUUAUGAAACUAGUAUCCAUUGGGCGAAAAUGCUGCAUGCACUCUGUGCUACAUGGGUGAGGUGGUUCAGUGUUAAAACACUUGACUUCCAAGACGAGUAAUCCCGGAUUCAAAUUUCAGUGAAGACUGGAAUUUUUUUUAAUUUCGGGAUUUUCAGGACGCACUCGAAUCAGACCAGCUCUAAUGGGUACCUGAAUUUAGUUGGGGAAAGUAAAAACGGUUGGUCAUUGUGCUGACUACAUGACACCCUCGUUAAGCAUAGGUCAAAUAAACCAGUGACCUUUUCCUAUCAUCUGCUUGAUUGAUCGCAAGGUCUGAAAGGGACACUUUUGACACUGUACUGGUGACUUACUUUAAUUGUACCCAGAAGCCUCGAAGAAACUUCAACAAUAUGUGAACUCUUGCAAAUAGAUUUUUCUAAUAAAUGGCUUGGUCAAUAGUAUGAAACAGCGGGUCUCCCACUGGCAAUAGAGGAGAAGACAAAGGACACCUCUAGUUAUUCCUAUGUCUAGAAUCAUCUUGUUUUAAAAUGAGGCUUAAUUUAAAAAAAUAAAUAAAAUCAGAAUACGUUGUCUGAAAGAUGAAAUGCUAACUAAGAAUAUUUUCUAUGCACGAAUUUUCAUCCUGUUUUCUAAACCAAGGCUAAAUGACACAUAUUUUUUUUUAUAAUUAUCAAAGACACAAUUUCCAUUCACAGAACCUUCAUAACAUUUUUAGAUUCCAUGUAAACACUCUCAAUGAUUCUUUAUUCAUUUGUAUUGAGACGAAGUGGCUGAGUGCUAAAGCAGUUGGCUUCCGAAUUGAGGAGUACAGAGUUCAGAUCCUGGUGAAGACUGGGAUUUUAAAUUUAGGUUUCUUUAGGGCACCUCUGAGUCCACCUAGCUCUAAUAAUAGUUGGGGAAAAAGUAAGGGGAUUUGUCGUUGUGCUGGCCACACGACACCCUCGUUAACCGUACGCCACAGAAACAUCAUCUGGCCCAUUCACCGCAAGGUCUGAGAGAGAAAUUUAAUAUUAAACAUUUUUAGACUCCAUGUAAAGUAAACUAAAAAGUAACCCUUGCUAUCCAUAGGGCUAAUAAUGUUUCUUUUUUUAUUGCCGACAGUUAACGAGGGUAUCAUGUGGCCAGCACAACCACAAACCGCUUUCGUUCCUCACUUGUUAGGUACAGAGUUGGGUGGACUUAUGGUGUACCCUAUUUAAAAAUUCCAGUUUUCUCCUAGAUUCGACCGGGACUCCUGGGUUCGGAAGCCAUGCGCUUAUCACUCGGCCACCACGACUCCCUGUCACCUUCACUGGUUAGUGUGUUGUGCUCAUGAGCUCUCAUUGACAUCCUUGUCACAUUGUUUACGCUGAUGUCAGUGGCGUUGCUAGGAAUUUACCAUGAUUUGGGGGCCCGGGGGCUUGACCUCUUUGGAGGCCCCUGCAUAUUUAAUAUUUAAUGUAAAAACACUCGAGACCCCCUGCCCCUCAAGUGGGGGCCAGGGUAUUUUCAAAUGGUCCACUUCCUUCCCCCCACCCUAGCUAUGCCUCUGGCUAAUGUCUUAAAAUGCAAAACGUGUUUUUGUGAUAUUCUAUGACAUGUGGUGGCUUGAAUAUUUUCUCUUUUUAUGGAAUAAAUCUUUUGUAUGGCUAAAUUAAAA